AUGGGCAUACAGGUUCACGGCCAGUUAAUUGAUGAUCAGUCGAGGUGCGUCCAUUGGCACUCGGUGCUGGACGUGGUCGCGCUCAGGUUCAAAUGCUGCGAUAGGUACUAUGCGUGCUUCAGCUGCCACGAAGAGGAUCUCGAGUCACGUGGACACAGUGUGCGGCGCUACCAUGUUAAGCGGGACCGACUGGCGAAGGUGGUUCUCUGUGGAGUGUGCCAGCUUGAGAUGACGUUUGAUGAGUAUGUGGGUGCCGGGGACCUGCGGUGUCCCUCCUGCGGUGUCCAAUUCAAUCCGGGCUGCAAGUUGCAUUACUCUUUGUAUUUCGAUGGAAUAGAUAUAUAA